CCACAAAUUAUCAAACAUCAACGGGGUACGCGUACGACCGCGCACCGUUGUACGAUUAACCGCGUUUUCGUUUUGUGUGCUGUUUCAACUGCGAACUCGUGACUUCUUGAGCUUGAAAAACUCUUUCUGCACGGCCAUGUUUGUCAAGACGAGCGUUUCUCGUCCGAAAUUCGUGUCGAUCCAUGGCGAGCAUAUCGCGUUCAAAGUAUUAUCCAGCAGACUUGGUCUCCGUUUUGUACAUCAACAUUUGCCGCGUGUUAAGGAUUACAAAAAUAUGACGUUAAUCAUGCCGCUGAAAACAGGAUACAAUAUCCUUCGGAAGCGAUGUGUGCCCGACAGAAGCUAUAGAAGGAAUUUGCAAUGGAACAACUGGGAGAAGGACAAGCAGUUGUGGUUGGAAGUGCCGGAGGAACAGUUCAAGUUGUUCAAAUGGGUCAAGGAGGUCAAGCAAUGAUGUUACCACAAGCUAUACAAGUAGCAGCACCAAAUGGACAAAUACAAGUUGUUCCAGUAUCUAGUUUAACUGGUACAGGUCAACAAAUUGUAAUUCAACAACCACAAACACCUCAAAUUAUUCAAACUCCAGAUGGACAAACAUACAUUUAUCAGCCAGUACAGUUAGAAGGUCAAGUUCAACAAGCACAACCCACAGUAAUUAAUAUCAAUGGAAAUCUUAUGCAAAUUCCUGGAACAGCAUCACAAACAACAACCACUGCAGCAACCACAACACCAGUACAACCUUUAGCAAGUCCUACAGCAACAGCGUCUCAGGCAGGAAAUGUUGUCAUGAUGGUACCAGGAAAUAGUGGACAGACACAGUUUCAAAGGGUGGCAUUGCCAAAUGCAGAAGUUUUUGAAGAAGAACCUUUAUAUGUAAAUGCUAAACAAUAUAGGCGUAUAUUAAAACGUCGUCAAGCUCGGGCUAAAUUAGAAGCUGAAGGAAAGAUACCUAAAGAAAGACCAAAAUAUCUUCAUGAAUCUCGUCAUCGACAUGCAAUGAAUAGAAUUCGUGGUGAAGGUGGUAGAUUUCAUUCUGGUCAAGUAAAAAAAAGAAAUAGAACAAACGAAAACGCCAUGAUUACCCAGCACAUCACAACUUCGACCAGCACUAAUACCGUUCGUACUAUAGCAAUAGCAGCAGCAAAUAUAGGUGUACAGUAUCGCGACACAGAUAAUAUGGCUUCCACAAUUGUUAUUGAAAAACAAGGUAUUCCUCUUCAGGAUAUGAUCUCUGAAAACGAUAUUGUUACCUCAAAUAAUUGUUUAAUAUAGAUAAAUGUUUAAGUUAAAUGAUAAAUGGAAAUGAUACAUGGAAAAAAAAUAAUAAGUCAAAGAAGAAAAAUGUGUCGGUAAUGACAUCUUGUAUUAGUUUUGUACAUAGUACAAACAUAAUUCUUGAAGAUAAAAUGCUGUGAAAACCAUCAAAGUUGUAUAUAUUGCGGUUACGAAAAGUGUUUAUGUCUUAUAUUUUUUUAGCUUUUUUUUACGCAUAGCCUAAUAAGACUUGAUAACACUAUUGCAUAGUACCACGUCCGGUAUAAUGAAAAAUUAAACUCGAGAUUAGAUAAUAUAUAUUAUAACAUUUUGGUCAAAAAAAAAAAAAA